ACGACAAUGAGCGCCACUAGAGCCAUCCCUCUUGAUUCCAUACCAUCAAGGGUGAACAGUCCUCGAAGGCUGCCGGAUACGAGUAGUUCAGCAACAUCAGGAAGUGCAGUGACCUCUCCUCAGUCACCAAAUGGAAGUCAGGCUGUCCGCCAAGUGAAGCAAGUGAGUCUCACAGAUUCGAAGGGGAAGACUCUCUGCACACAACUUCAUGUCUGCGCCUCUUGGAUCAGGUCACAUCCUCUCCUUUCUAUCGGUGGACUCAUCAUCGCUCUUGUAACUCUAUUCUUGGGGUACUAUCAAGCACGGGCAGCGAACAUUCUCACCUCGGAGGGCAAUCGCCUUGCCGGAACUGCCCUGGAUUACACGAGAUAUCAAACUUGGUGCCAAAAUUUGGAUAAAGUGUCGAAUUAUACUUGGUGUCAACAGCACCAAACACCGGAUACAUUUGAUUCCGCGUUCAAGGCGAAUCAAAGAAGGAACCUCCAUCAGCCCUUGCCUUUGGUUAAAAGAAACGACCAGGCCUUGAUGGACUGCAGCAAUUAUGGUUUUGGAAAAGCGUGGGUCAAGCUGAUGGCUAUGUCUUUAGCCACGGUCUUCGUGACUUAUUCUUCUGUUGGUUCUUGUAUAUUUCUUGUUAUUAUCUUCACACACUUCAAACGAACAUUUUCACCUCGGUGGCAUCAACACUCGGCCACAGCCCUAAAUCUGUUGAUGAAGUUGGAGUUGGGUAUUGAUAUCGAACCUAAUAGCAGAAGUCCGUUGUUUAAGGCGCUGUCUUUGACCAUCCCUGGGGUAGCGAUACUAUUAUACAUAACGAUGAACGCCUGAUGUGCGUGAUUGGCUCGGGUAUGUUGAUUUGGGUCUAUGUGAAACUUGGGGUGAUAUAUAUUUCAACACGAGGCGGCUGAUUUAUGCUUCAAGGAUCGGUAAUAAUACUGCAGAUAGAUACUAUAUCAAUGUCUCAUCACUUGCUACAUGUCUUCCCAGCG